AUGAGUAUUGUCGAAGUUCAACAACAAGAAACUAAUGCAAAUAAAACAAAUAAUUCUUGUGUUUUACCACAACUUCGAGGACAAUCACAAAGACCUGCUGGUCGAACAGAAAAUGAUUUUCUACCACAAGAACUUAUGAUUACUUUACGUCAAACAGCUUUACCAGCUGAAUAUUUAGGACCACCUGGUAUAACAAAUCCAAAUAAACUUUUAAGACCAAUGCCAUCUACAGUUUCACGUCGUCCAGAUAAUGCUUGGCAUUAUCAAAGACAACGAGAUAAAUAUCGUUUUUUACUUGAACAAAAUCCAUGUACAUGUGGAGCUGGACAUGAUAUAUCAUUUUUAUGUGAAGCUACAACAGUAGCUUUGACACAGGAACAACAAAAUAAAUCAUCUACUCAACAACGAACUACUGAUAAAAGUGCUAUACGAGCUAAACGAAAUGAAUUACAACAACAACCAGAUAUCGUAUUACCUGAAUCAAUCAUACCAGAAGAAUUUCGUAUAGUUAAAAAUAUUGGUGUUACACCUAUUGAAGUUCAUGAUGAAAAACAUACAACUAUUACUGAAGAACAUGUUAAUCAUAUAACUGUAUUUCCAUCAUUAAAACCAGUUGGACGUACACAAGUAUUAAAAUUACGACAUACAAUGGAUGCAUUAUUAGAAAAAAUAACUAUUGAAGAUAGUGAUUUACAUGGACAAACUCAACUUCAUAAUUUACUUGAAUUAAUUAAAGAAGAACAAAAUAUUUAUAAUAUUGUCUUUCAUGAAAUAAUUCGUCAAGUCAGUGUUGAAUGUAAAGAUCGUGGUGAAUUAUUAAGUAAAUUACGUGAACGAUAUUCAUCUUUAUUAUCACGUGUACCUCGACAAAUAAAAAGUUUACAUGAAGAAUUAAUUGCUCAACGUGCACUUGAUCGUCGUUUAUCUGAACAAUUAAUUCAAUUUAAAUCAACUGUUGGUACACUUAUGUUAGAAUUGGAAGAUGUUCGUGAACAUGAUCGACGUGUUACUGAAGAAGCUGAAAUAGCUCAAAGAGAUCUUCAAACAGCUUUAACUGAAUCUCAAAAAAAUGCUUCACUUCUUACUGAAUAUCAUGAAUUAUAUGAUUUACAACGUAAACGUUUGGAAAAACAAACUAAUGUUAUUGCAUCUGAAAAAGAAUUAUGGCGUGGAGCAGCACAUACAAUUGCUCUUAAAGUUAUUGUUGAAUAUAAAUUAGCUACAUCAAAACGUUUAAGUCUUGCUGAACAAACUUGGUAUACAUUAGCUAGUCAUUUUUCGAUUUAUCUUAUGGAUAAAGAUACAAUUGAAUUAACUGAUGUACAAAAAUCUGCAAAUGUAUGGCGUGAAAUUGUUGAAACAUUUGAUCGUGAACAAGAACAACGUGAAUUUGAAACAACAAAAAAUCUUAAUCGUCUUAGUAAAUCUAUUGAAACACUUCGAAAUACAUUUCGACAAAAUCAUUUUGAUUUGGAAGGAAAACUCACUCAAAUACCUGAUCAACGAAAAACAAUUGAAUAUUUAAGUCAAAUUAAACUUUGGGAAGAAUCCUGUACACGUGAAAUAGAAAAAUUUGGUGGUGAUACUGUACUUAUUAAUGAAGAACGUAUGAAAAAAGCUGAUAGACAAUUAAAAAAAUGGAUUGAAAUGACAGAACGAUUAUUUAGUCGUCAUCCAUCAACAAAUAGUGGAGAUCAUAGUGAACAACAAGCACUUCGAGAUCUAUUUGAUAAUAUUUCUCUUUUACAUUCCCAAUAUCGUAUACGAAUGACAGGUGAAAAUGGUUUAGCACAAUCAGUUAUUUUUUUUAGUAAUGUACUCGAAUCAUGGAAUGGUAAAUUUAAUACAUAUGCUUAUAGCGGAGGAAAAAUAAAUGAAGGUGAAUGGCUAGGAUUUUAUUCACAAAUGGAUGAAUGGAUUGAUACAAUGAAUAAAGCAGUGACUUUUGUUGGAAAAUCAACAAAAGAUAAUCAUGAUGAUAAUAGUGGAGAAAAGAAAGAAAAUGACACUAAAAAUGUUGUGCAAGCUUCAGCAGUAUUACAACAAGCUAAUAAAGGUCUUGUUUCUCUUCGUCAUUAUGUUGAAAGUCAUAAUGGUCGUAUUUCGGAUGAAUCUCUUCAACUUGAUUCUAAUAUGGUUCAUUGGCUUAUUCAAAUUCUUAUUGAUCUAGCUCCGAAUCAAUCCACAUUAUCCCAAGAAGGACAUGAUCAUCUUGAAGCAAGUCGUAUACCAGUUGAAAAUUUAAUCAAAACACAAAAAACUUUAUGUGAACAAUUAAAUUCCAUAACGAAAUAUAUUGUAAAAUGUUGUGCAGCAUUAACUGCUGAAGAAAUGUUUACUAAGCAAAUGCGUAAAGAAAGUGAUGCAGAAAAAGAAGUACUUGAUCUUAAACGUAUGCAGGAUGAAUGCAACGAUUGGAUCUAUACAUCGAAAGUUCUUUUAGCUGAAUUAACUGGUGAUGAAGGUAUAGUGGAUACAGGUCCACCAAAACGUGAGAUUGAAAAACCAUCAACAAAAGAUCAAUCAGAUUGGCCUGAUAUGUCAACAGAAAGACGAAAAGAUGAUGAUGACACAGUAGGAGCUGAACAUGUAUCAUUUGAAGCAAUAAGUCGUGGUGGUCUAACAGAACGACGUCGAUUAGGACGAUCACCUGAUGAUGAUAGAGCUAGUUCAAUAGCUUCGAAAUCAGCUAAAGUUGGUUUUGAUGCAUUACGAACAAUUGCACAAUUACAACAACAAUUAGCUGAAACAGAAGCACGAGCAGCUAGUUUACAAGAACAAGCAAUGUCUCUUGAUGUAGCAUUACGCGAAGCAAAUCAACGUAUUCAACAACUCGAAUCAAAUCAACGUGUUCAACAAUGA